AUGUGUUGCAUAGAAACUCAAUUUGUCUCCCAAUGUUUUUUAAUCUACACCAGAUUCCGAGGAAUUAACGAUGAUUUGAAAAAWAUACGUAAUGAAAACGUCAACUAUGUUAAAUACCCGUUUAUAAUGGGAUCUUCAGCAACAAUGUGGAAAGAUUACAAAAAAUCGUUCCAGUGCGUAAGAUAYGACAAAGACUUUUAUCGACCUCGGCUUAUUAGCCACCCAAUGUCCAACUCUGUGGAGAUACUUAGAAUUAAGCAUUGGCUAACUCGCCAAGCCGUGGACAUCCUCAAUAACCUGUUGGGUAUCCAAAUGGGACUGUCGGUGUUCUUAUUGUGGGUAAUGGCCGUGUUUGAUAUCUAUUAUGAGAUAUUUUACAACUCUCCAUCUAAAUUAUUAGUUUACGGUUGGUUGUUACAAUACACUCUGAGAUUGUUCAUGAUUACCUUAGUAGCACACUACACAACAAAACAGGCAUUAAAAUCAAAAUCAAUCAUUUUAGAUACAAAUAAUCAAAUGUUGGAUAAUAGUACAAAGGAAGAGUUGUUGCUGUUUGUGAAUCAAAUACGUCACCAAUCUAUCGAAUUUACUGCGUAYGAUUUUUUCACAUUGAAUACACAGAUUAUAAAAUCAUUGCUUUUAACCAUAGGCAUACCCUAUCUUAUUUAA